AUGACGCUUUUCCCGGCAUCCGGCUUGGGUUUUCCAUUUCUUCUAGAUCCCCAAAAAUCUUCUUCCAUCUUUCAUGGACUUCUAUGCAUCAUACUUAGUGAUGACGAAUUUAUGAUAUUCUAGCAGAUGUUUUCCGCAUAAAAUUUGACAUGGGAUUGUUCAAUCUCUUUCGGCCUCGGCCGUAUCGCUUUCGUGCUGCCAAUCGCUCGUUAAUGUCAACGGCGCAUACUCGAAAGUCUUCCAUACAGCAAACUCUCCACGAGGAGCUCACUUCACGCCAGCCCAACAUCAUAUAUGAUUACUUAUCGCCAACCCCUUCUCAUCUUUUGAAUAUAUCUCUUGCAGAUUUCCUUCCACCUUCAUGCUACCCUGCCAAUUUCAAAUUCCCAGAUCUUACCCUUCCAUACUCUUCUACACUCGGACGACAUGAGUGUAGCGAUACAGCACUUCUCCCCCAGUCGCACCAUCUAGUCUAUUUCUCUCCGCAAAUUCCAAGCAAUGCGCUACUUGACGAUGGCACAGAUCCUUUGCAGUCCCCAGGGCCGCCAUUUGUGCGCCGCAUGUGGGCUGGUGGGUCUAUUGCUUUCAAUGCUAAAAGUGCAGAGCAGCUUCGUCUUGACAACGUGCGAGCCGCUUGUAUAGAACGGAUAGUGGACGUUUUGGUCAAAGGGAAUGACGGUGAUGAGAAAGUCUUCGUAAACAUUGAGAGACGAGUUGGCGUCGCUGAAGCUGAAGACGGCCCGCAGACGAACCCGAACGGAGGGAGCUUCGCAAUUGCUUCUAGGAAGUCUCCUAUGGUUGAUCAACAAUUAUUAAAACGCUACCAUGUCGGGAACCACGAUGACAUUGGACGAGCAUCCUUGGUGGAGACGCGAAAUAUCGUCUUCAUGCGAGAGAAAAAUAUAGCUACCGCCAAAGAGGAUUGCGCCAGACCUCCAAAGAUAUUGAGGCGUAUGCCAUCUUCACACUAUUGUUCAAUGAUUUCUCUUUCCACUAACCAACCAUAUUUAUAGCAACGGGCGAACCAGAUUUCGAUGUGCGAAUAACACCUACACAAUCGCUGUUAUUUAGAUUUUCGGCCCUCACAUUUAACGCCCACGCGAUUCACCUGGAUCCUCUAUACUGCCGGGAGGUUGAGGGACAUAGAAAUUUACUCCUUCAUGGGCCGCUUUCAUUGGUCCUCAUGUUAUCCGUCUUACGAUCACAACUUCAACCUGGAGAAAUGAUAAAAAGAUUCGAUUAUAGGAAUUUGGCUCCACUUUACGCAAAUGAGGAAUUAAGAGUUUGUGUGGGGAAGAGUACCAACAAAAAUAACAAAUACGAAGUGUGGAUUGAAGGGAAAGAAGGCGGAUAUGCCGUCAAGGGCUCUGCGGUUAUUGGACCCCUUGACGAUGAAUAAUUGGGUAAUGGACCAACAAGGCUGAACAAUGAACGCAUCCUGGAAAGUUUUAAUCUCUCUGGAAUAUUCUCCGGUGUUUGAGGAAGGAGGUAAAACAAGCCACUUUCGGAGUGUCAUGCAGAUCUGAAGAGAUUUGACGAUGGAAAUAUAAUUUGGUAGAUGUUUUGGAAAGAUGGGACGAAAUCAAGAUCAUCGCUUUCGUCCCUGACACUAAGUAAGGUACCGAAAACAGCUGUAGGUACAGCACUAGCUGCGUACAACACGAUCAAUUAGAUGACGCUGCAGGAAUCCCAAGUAUUAAGAUCCUCAGACACUAUUCACAAAAUCACGAGCAACCGCAGCAUCAAUGCUAAUGGAUGAACGUAAAGUAGGAUGUGAUGCAUGAGUAACAGAGUUUGGCUCGUAUCUCGGGAACGCCUUGAUACUAGUUCGUAGGAGAAAAGGGAAUAAAUCAUAAAUAAUGGCACAACAAAACAUACAUACUCCUCUAAAUUCUGAGUAUCUAAGCGAGAGAAGUUACUUAUUAGUUGAUUGCAAACCACGAACUGGGAACUGGGUGGGAUAUUGAAGAAAGUUAUGAGAUCUCUUGGGUAAGACUUUGGUGUGCGAUAAUUCAUUCAUCCACCGAGUAACUGACUUAGUUAAUAGUUGAAAGUCAUACAAAAGUACAGAAGGUAAGUAAAACGUAUGACCCAGUUUAUGUUGACGCCUCUUUACAUGGUUAUUUAUGAAAGCAUUGCUCUCAUCACCAAGCAAAUCUCAUUAGGGGGCAUUUUCGCCCAUGGAUUUGAACUUUGCAAUAGGUUGGACGUCUUCGGAUGUUUUGAAUUGAAUUCGCUCUGAUGCUCGCAGACAAAUAGAUUACAAUGGAUGGAUGCAUAUAUUGUAUGGGAUCACAGAAUCCAGAAUCCAGAAUCCAGAAUCCAGAAUCAGAAUGCGGAAUCCAGAAUUGAAAUAGAUACUACUGGGCAGGUA